AUCCCAUUGCCGUGGUUGGGCCGGGGCGGGCUCUGGCGGGCACCGGGGGCUGAGCGGGAAGGUGUGGCGGCGCCGCGAAAACGGCGCCUGGAGGGUCCCGGUCCCCGUGCGGCGCGCGCGGGACGCCGCUGGGGGCGGGGCCGGAGGCGGGGCCUGGCCUCGUUGUGGAGCGGCUCGUAAUCCAUCAUGGCGGCCGCGGGGGUCAGUGUCCGUUCCUGAGCCGCGCCGGAGCCGGAGCCGGUCCCGGGUCCUGCAGCUGAGGAGCAGCGCCGCUGUCCACGGCCCCUACCUGCGGGGCGCGGCCGGGCCCCGCGGCGGAGCCCGGGGGAUGUGACUGCCUGGCGGCUGCGGCGACGUCCGGGGCCGGGGGAGGGGGUGUCUCGGGCAGAGACCCCCGGGCUCGGGGCAGCUGAGGCGGCCGGGCCUCCUCCCCGCUUCGCCGCCUGCCCCCUGCGAAGCCCCGCGAGCCUCUGGGCCCUCAGAGCCCUGCGCCGGCUCUGGGACCCUGGGGGUGGUCUCCCGCCCCCGGACCCGGGGCGCCCGGCUUCCUGAGGCGACGGGGAGCGUCGCCCCGGAGUCACCGCCCGCGCCGCGCCCGGCCGCCUCCCCCUCCCCCUCCAGCCGCCCCUUCGUCCGACUCCCGGCCCCUCGUUUGGCCUCGAACUCCCCACCCCCCUUCCAUUCAAACCCCCUCCCUGCUGUCCAGGCCCCUCCACCCCUUCUCCCCAGGCUGCUCCGGGAGCCUCCAUGCCCUGACUUCUCCCAAUGUCACCGACGGCGCCCCUCGCCUCAGCCCUGCCCAAAACUUCCAUGCGGAGGAAGAGUCUGGACUCGUUUCACAGGCCUUUUAAAAAGCGGCCCUACGAGUUGCCGGCCGUGCACUCCUCCUCGGCGGAGCCCGGGGCCCGCGCCCGCUGAGCCCUCCGGACGCGGGGCGGCGGGAGGCCUGUCCGCGGAUGGAGAAGCGGCCGGGGGCGGCUGACCUCCGCAGGGAAGGUUCUGGAGCAGCCUCCGAGGACGACCCACGGCUCCUUUGCGUGUGGGAACCAGCGCGAUGACCUGGGCAGUCGCCCUGGUGCAGCAGCAUCUCCUGUGAAUCUCUCCGGUGAGGCGUUCCUCCUGGAAAGAAACCUGUCGUUCAGCCAGUAAAAAGGACACUUACAACCAAGCAACUUUUGGGGGGCGUUGCAGUGACUGCGGAUUGACAGACUGCGAGCAUAGCGGACCCCUGUUUGCACAGGCCGCCUGGGCUGGGAGGUGUUCAGUGACUGCCCUCCGCCCUGACUCGCGGGCAUCGGGGGGUGUGAAACCCCACGUGGAACGUGGGCCGUUGUCCUGAGCUCACGGGCCAUUCUGAGACCGCGGACCCUCUUCUGGAAAGGGGCACCUAUCCUUACUUUAUGGGGCAGCAGCCUGGAAAAGUCCUUGGGGACCAGAGGAGGCCGAGCUUGCCUGCCCUGCACUUCAUCAAGGUAGCAGGCAAGAAGGAGUCACCCCGGCACGGCGGGCCGCCCUGCAAUGUGUUCGUGGAACAUGAAGCCCUCCAAAGGCCAGUAGCAUCUGACUUCGAGCCCCAAGGUCUGAGCGAAGCAGCUCGUUGGAACUCCAAGGAAAACCUUCUCGCUGGUCCCAGUGAAAAUGACCCCAACCUCUUUGUUGCACUGUAUGAUUUUGUGGCCAGUGGGGACAACACUCUCAGUAUCACUAAAGGUGAAAAGCUCCGGGUUUUAGGCUACAAUCACAAUGGGGAAUGGUGUGAAGCCCAAACCAAAAAUGGCCAAGGGUGGGUCCCAAGCAACUACAUCACACCCGUCAACAGCCUGGAGAAACACUCCUGGUACCACGGGCCCGUGUCCCGCAACGCUGCCGAGUACCUGCUGAGCAGCGGCAUCAACGGCAGCUUCCUGGUGCGGGAGAGCGAGAGCAGCCCCGGGCAGAGGUCCAUCUCGCUGCGAUACGAAGGCAGGGUGUACCACUACAGGAUCAACACAGCUUCCGAUGGCAAGCUCUACGUCUCCUCUGAGAGCCGCUUCAACACUUUGGCCGAGUUGGUCCAUCAUCACUCCACGGUGGCAGACGGGCUCAUCACCACUCUCCACUACCCGGCCCCCAAGCGCAACAAGCCCACCGUCUACGGCGUGUCCCCCAACUACGACAAGUGGGAGAUGGAGCGCACCGACAUCACCAUGAAGCACAAGCUGGGUGGCGGCCAGUACGGGGAGGUGUACGAAGGCGUGUGGAAGAAGUACAGCCUCACGGUGGCGGUGAAGACCCUGAAGGAGGACACCAUGGAGGUGGAGGAGUUCUUGAAAGAGGCCGCCGUGAUGAAAGAGAUCAAGCACCCCAACCUGGUCCAGUUACUUGGGGUCUGCACCCGGGAGCCCCCGUUCUACAUAAUCACUGAGUUCAUGACCUAUGGGAACCUGCUGGAUUACCUGAGAGAGUGUAACCGGCAGGAGGUGAACGCUGUGGUGCUGCUGUACAUGGCCACUCAGAUCUCCUCAGCCAUGGAGUACCUGGAGAAGAAGAACUUCAUCCACAGAGACCUUGCUGCCCGAAACUGCCUGGUAGGGGAGAACCACUUGGUGAAGGUGGCCGAUUUCGGCCUGAGCCGGCUGAUGACCGGGGACACGUACACAGCCCACGCCGGGGCCAAAUUCCCCAUCAAGUGGACGGCGCCCGAGAGCCUGGCCUACAACAAGUUCUCCAUCAAGUCCGACGUCUGGGCAUUCGGAGUACUGCUGUGGGAGAUCGCUACCUACGGCAUGUCGCCCUACCCGGGCAUUGACCUGUCCCAGGUGUACGAGCUGCUGGAGAAAGACUACCGCAUGGAGCGCCCAGAAGGCUGCCCCGAGAAGGUCUACGAACUCAUGCGAGCAUGUUGGCAAUGGAAUCCCUCUGACCGGCCCUCCUUUGCUGAAAUCCACCAAGCCUUUGAGACCAUGUUUCAGGAGUCCAGCAUAUCCGAUGAAGUGGAAAAGGAACUGGGGAAAAAAGGCAUGCGAGGGGUUGCAGGUACUCUGCUACAGGCCCCAGAGCUGCCCACCAAGACAAGGACCUCCAGGAGAGCCACGGAGCACAAGGACUUCACCGACCUGCCUGAGACGCCCCACUCCAAGGGCCCGGGAGAGCCUGAUCCCCUGGACCACGAGCCCGCUGUGUCUCCACUGCUCCCUCGGAAAGAACGAGGCCCCCAGGACGGCUGCCUGAAUGAAGAUGAGCGCCUUCUCCCCAAAGACAAGAAGACCAACCUGUUCAGCGCCCUGAUCAAGAAGAAGAAGAAGACGGCGCCUGCCCCUCCCAAGCGCAGCAGCUCCUUCCGGGAGAUGGACGGCCAGCCGGAGCGCAGGGGGGCCGGGGAGGAGGAGGGCCGCGAAGUCAGUAACGGGGCGCCUGCUCUCCCCCCCUCAGACGCAGCCGAGCCCGCCAAGUCCCCGAAGCCUAGCAGCGGGGCUGGCAUCCCCAACGGAGCCUUCCGGGAGUCAGGCGGCUUCCGGUCUCCCCACGUGUGGAAGGCCAGCACGCUGACCAGCAGCCGGUUAGCAGCCAGCGAAGAGGAGAGCGGCAGCAGCGCCAGCAAGCGCUUCCUGAGGUCCUGCUCUGCCUCCUGCGUGCCCCACGGGGCCAAGGACACAGAGUGGAGGUCAGUCACGCUGCCCCGGGACCUGCAGUCCACGGGGAGACAGUUUGACUCGUCCACGUUUGGAGGGCACAAAAGCGAGAAGCCAGCUCUGCCUCGCAAGCGGGCGAGUGAGACCAGGUCUGACCAGGUGAGCAGAGGCACGGUGACGCCCCCGCCAAGGCUGGUGAAGAAGAUGGAGGAGCUGGCCGAUGAGGUUUUCAAAGACACGGCGGAGUCCAGCCCGGGCUCCAGCCCUCCCAGUCUGACUCCAAAGCUGCUCCGCAGGCAGGUGGCGGUGGCUCCUUCCUCUGGUUUGGCCCACAAGGAGGAGGCCGGGAAGUCUGGCCCCUCGGGGACAUCUGCCGCCGCCGAGCCAGCGCCCGCCGCCAGCCGAGCGGGACCAGGAGCAUCGGGAGGGACCAGCAGGGCCCCCGCUGAGGAAUCUCGGAUGAGGAGGCACAAGCCCUCCUCCGAGUCCCCGGGGAGAGACAAAGGGAGGCUGUCCAAGCUCAAGCCUGCCCCGCCGCCCCCCCUGCCAGCUUCUGCUGGGAAAGCCGGGAGGCCCGCUCCGAGCCCGAGCCAGGAAGCAGCCGCGGAGGCAGGCGCCAGCGGGAAAGCGAAGGCCACGGCUGUGGUUGUGGAUGCCGUAAACAGUGACGCUGCCAGAGCCAGCCAGCCGGGAGAGGGCGUCAAGAAGCCCGUGCUCCUGUCCGUGCCAAAGCCCCAGUCCUCCUCCAAGCCGGCGGCGACCCCGACCAGCCCGGGCCCCACUCCCUCCACUCUGCCGGCAGCGUCCUCCGCCCUGGCAGGGGACCAGCUGUCCUCCACCGCCUUCAUCCCGCUCAUAUCGACCCGCGUGUCCCUUCGGAAAACCCGCCAGCCUCCCGAGCGCAUCACCAGCGGCACCGUCACCAAGGGCGUGGUCCUGGACAGCACCGAGGCCCUGUGCCGUGCCAUCUCCAAGAACUCCGAGCAGAUGGCCAGCCACAGCGCCGUGCUGGAAGCCGGCAAAAACCUCUACACGUUCUGCGUGAGCUAUGUGGACUCCAUCCAGCAGAUGAGGAACAAGUUCGCUUUCCGCGAGGCCAUCAACAAACUGGAGAACAACCUCCGGGAGCUACAGAUCUGCCCGGCGACCGCAGGGAGUGGCCCAGCGGCCACUCAGGACUUCAGCAAGCUCCUCAGCUCCGUGAAAGAGAUCAGUGACAUCGUACAGAGGUAGCAGAAGCCGGCAUCAGGCCAGCCAGAGCCGCCUGCAGUGGGUGAGGGCUCCCGGGCCCGUGGCGGUGGCUGACACAGGACCUGCGAGCUGGGACCUUGGCCCGGGAGCGGAGGGCCACCAUGGAGUACCGCCCUACUACCUACGUUGUGCACCCACUGUCCUGCACUUCCUCCUCCUCAGCCGCUCGCUGAGCCUCUGUCCGAGUUCUGUCUGUGGGUUCCCGCCUGGUGGACUGCAGUCGGCACGCCAGCCCUUCCCCACGGGCUGCGGGACUGCCCUCAGGCCAGCUGUGAAGGUGGGUGAGCGCUUCCUCUCUCUCUUCUUUCUGGGGGAUUUCCUCUGGCUAUGCCUUCGCCUCCCUUUUCCCCAAAAAGAACGGGAGCUCUGUCUCCAGGCCUUGGAACUGUUGCCUUCACUCACUGGUGGAGGGAGCCUGCACCCUCCUCCUCCUCGUACCUCUUGUGCUUAAGACCCGUCUACAGCACUGCAUCCUGGGGAGCUCUGCCAGCGGUCACUCGGCCUCCGCUGCUGCCGGGGCUGGGCCCUCACCACUUCCUCACGUGAAGGACAGCUCUUACUUGGGCACAGCAGGUGCUAACAGCCAGCCUUGGGUCGCAGGAAGGAGGGGACUGUCCUGUCAUCCUGCUGCGUGUCCUCGAGCCCAGUCCCAGCUCUCUGACACGCACUGCCCGUUCUGGAUGGAAAGCCCGAGGCUGAAGGGGAGCAGGUCGCCGUCCAGCAUGCAGGGCAGGGGCAGGGCAGAGGGGCGGCUUGUUGUGUGAACACUGGUGCUGAGCUGGCCCUGGCCCUGGCCCCGGCCUAGGCUGGUCUUCAGUGGCCCAGUGUUACCUUCCUUUUGAACUUGCAGGUGCCCGAAAAAGGCACUUGACCUUGAUUUCUGACUGAUCUCCAUUCCCUCCCUUGUACUCCCCUAAGACAAAGUAGAUUCUUGCAGGACUUCCUCCUUUGUGACAAGCCAGUCUUCAGUUUUCUGGAGUUCUUGAAGCAUUUCACAGCUCUGCUCUCAGCACAGCCGGUGCAGACGUGGACACCGCAAAGACAGGAGGAGAGGACCGGCCACAAAGCCCAGGAGUGUGGGCUGCGCCCUCCUGGGCAAAUGUCUUUCUUAAUGACCACGAGCAGCACGUAGCCAGGGAGGAAGGAAGCCACCGGAAACGGCGCCCUAGAGAGUGUCUCGAGAGCAGGUGUGCCGGCACCUCCCCUGGGCUGCCCAGGACCAGGCUCUCCUUGACCGUGACCCGGAGCAGCUCCUGAGGAGUGGGUCUUACUCCAGCCAGAAGCAACCCCUGGAGGAACCAGGAGAAGCCCACCUUCUGCUCCUCACACCUUCACCCGUGACCUCACACAGGCCCUGUUUUACACUAGUCACCUAGACUGUUUUAUUCCUCCGGAUCGUUUGAUACUGUUCUCACAGCGCAUCACCUCUUCGCCCCCUCAGACGCUGUCAGGACUGAGGGAGGCUAGCACACCGCCAGCGGCCUUGCAGACAGCAAACCCACCCACCAGGCCCCUCGCCUCCUGUUUCCGUGAGGCACCCGCCUCCUCUUCCUCCACGUGACGUGCCACUAUAGUUUGCAUUUAUAUUUGGUAUUACACUCUUGUAGACUCGCUCUUUUAUAAAUGACAUGUAAAUAGUGUUCCACUCCCUCCCUCUCCAUGCCUAUGGGUUCUCUCUCUCGUCGUUUGGUCCAGUACAUUUUGUUUCUGUAUAUGACUCUUUUUUGAAUCCACAUCUCUCCUCUGUAGUAUUUUUUAAAUAAAUGUUUACAUUAGAGUUUG